AUGACCGACAAUUUGCAUAUAAAGGAUCCCUCAAAACCGACACACAUAGAUAUGGCCUUUCGAAGACAGCCUGAUUGGAUCCAUCCGGACUUAAUUGAGUCCAAAGACCCCAUCAAGGGCCGACAGCUCCGCGUAUCGGCUCUCAUUCCGAAAAACACCUGCCUCCUCAUUGAUCGGGCGUAUGCAAUAAUUCCGGUCGUUGAUCACCCGGCGACAAACGAUGAUCUGAUUUGCAGUAAUCUAAUUUGCAGUCGUCGGGCUUCGAGUUCUGCCGGACGGUGCUCUUGCCCUAAUGGAUGCAUCGAGGAUGUAGCGUGGUGCAGUGAUGGUUGCAGAAAUACCGAUAAGGCUCGUCAUGAGUUUGAAUGUAAAUGGCUGAAAAGAUACGCGCCUGUCAUUCGUGCUAAAUGGGACGAAUAUACUUUUGGUAUGCUUUGGUUGAUUGUUCGUCUGCUUGCCACGCGAUCUGCUUCGAUCGCCAUGGAUGGUGAUAUUGCGCAAAAGACAACAUCUUCAAUAUCACAGAAAGACUGGGCUGGUGUCCAGUCAUUAUGUGGCUCAACCGAUACAUGGCCCCAUGAACAGGUCCGGUCGUGGACGAUUCUUGUGAAAAAAUAUCUUCAAAACAGUCCACUCUUACCACAUGGGAUGAGUACCGAUCGUAUACUUCAUCUUAUCUGUCAAGAAGAGGCCAAUUCAUUCGGUCUCUAUCCAUGUGAAACGGGAGUGUUCCCGCCACCGAAUCCAUCGACGGAUCGAGGAGAACAAUUUGCCGCUGCUGUUUACACCACGGCGGCUUUAGCUAAUCAUAGCUGUUAUCCAAAUAUAAUCCAUAAGCCCGAUGAUCAAGGCCGUAUGGUCUUGACUGCGGCCCGCGACAUUCUUCUUGGUGAAGAAUGUUGUAUCACCUACUUUGACUUGACGGUACAUAUAGAUCUUUGUUCACGUAGAGAGCAUCUUAGAAAGUCGUUUCGAUUUAAGUGCCAAUGUGAAAGAUGCAUCUCUGAAGACUCAGUUGAUAUGACGUCGGAAUGGGACCCAAUGCCAGUAUUUGAUGAGUGA